CUAAGUAACGGGUACACCGUCAGCCUGUCAGUACUGCGACAUGGAGAACCAUGACCUCCCUCCAGAUGUGAUCCUGCUCCUACGAGAUGCAGAAUUGUUUUUGACUAACUGUUUGCAGUAUGAGCCGAUAAGCAGCAAAGGUCAAGAAAUCGGAGAACAAAUCUUAAAUGGCUUUAGGCUGGUCAGAAAAAGGUACGAUUUAGAUGUUCAGCAGACAGCAGGUGACACAGCUACCGACGAUGUGACCCAAGAAGGCUAUCACGAAAACCCCAACUAUGGAAUGUCAGUGGCUUCAGAUGAUGUUUCUGUGACUUCUGAUUACCUGGAUGGUGAUUCUGGAGAUACAGAGAGGUUGGACAGAGUAUUAAAGCAAGGUUAUCUGGAGAAAAGAAACAGAGACCAUUUUUUUGGAUCAGAAUGGCAGAAGAGAUGGUGUGUGCUCACUAAGGGAAGUUUCUGUUACUACUCGAGUGAGAAAGGAAAGCUGCCCAGAGGUGGUUUUAUGAUAAAGGAUUGCAGUGCACGUUUGGUAUUGGACAUCCGCAAAGACUCUCGCCGUGAUGCCUGCUUUGAACUUGUGCCCCCAGGCAAUCGUACUUACCAAUUCACUGCUUCUAGCCAGACUGAGGCUCGUGAAUGGGUCGACCACAUACAGUUUUUGGUAAAAGAUAUACUUUCAACCACCAUUCCGUGUGAGGACGAUGAUGAUGAUAAUGAAUCUUAUGAUGAUGUUGAUAGCAUGAACUCUUCGGUGGCAUACCCUUCAAUGGACAGAUCAAGCAGCCCCCAGGACGAUGACAUCUAUGAAGUGGUUCCAGAUGGAGAGGAAUUCGAGCUUUCUGAAGAUCUUAAGAGGACAAAUGAUCACUCACAAUCCGAUGACUCUGUAAUUAAUUAUUCAGAUUACUACCAAGGACUAUGGAAUUGCACAAGUGACAACGGUGAUGAGCUUUCAUUUCAGCGUGGUGAUAUUAUUCGCAUCCUGAGCAAGGAAUAUAAUGCUUACGGCUGGUGGGUCGGAGAACUGGAUGGCGCCGUUGGUAUUGUACCAAAAGACUACCUGACAACAGCCUUUGAGCUAGAGUGAAUAUGAAGAAGAUUUUGACUACCGAUUCCAUAUUGUCUUGCGUUGUAAGAGCAAUUUGUUCAUGUGAGAAGUUAAAUGUAGAGAGAUUUAAAAAAAAAUAAAAAAUGCAAUAUACAAUACAUGUUUAGUGUGUGAUUAUGCGCAUUUAAAAAAUAAA